AUGGCGAAACGCAAGAGUCCUUCGGCCAGUUCGCCUCCCCCGAAGGUGAAGAGACAGAAGACUAAAGAGGAAGUCAACAUCUCCGCUGCAGAGAGCUCUGGCUCUGCAUCUGUACAGGAGUCUGUACCGUUGGAAGGUACACCGAAGCCUGGAGCGAAAGAGACAACGAAGCUGCGUGUAAAGCAAACUCGCGUCAAGCGCGAUGGCGGAGCCCAGCCUAUACCCGUUGCGAAAUCCAUCAGCAGUAUUGUGCGAUCGAAUAUCCAGCAAGUACUCGAAUUCCACUCCAAGAGCCCGCCAUCAGAACGCUCUACUUUGGACAGAGAUGGCGACAAGCGCCAUCACGCCACCGUCACUGAAUUGGCUGCUAUUGCGGCUAUCAUACGCAUAUGCAACGACUAUGAGAUCAUAGUCCCAACACCAAUUUCUCUCGAGGCGAUCAACGAGAUCGUGGUACACAGAUUUGAGAAGCGGCUGGGAGACAACCCAUCGGUAACACACGUUGUCUUGGAUUUCUCGAAGCGCAGCCAUCUCGAAGACUCGAUCCUCCUGAAAGUCGAAGGAUACGGGCUAGCUGAAGUGCCGCUACUGGAGAUUGAAUUCGAAAUGCUUGCUCGAGAUACUGAGAUCGCCGCUGCAAACAAUCUGUUCCGCCACAUGCAGACAGUCUAUGAGGAAAGUGACAGCAGCGGUCCGGUCAGCAUUGAGUACGAAGAGGCGAUCGAGGACAGCGACGAGGAGGGAAAUGAGCGACAACCGCUCUUCGGAGGCACCAAGGAGGUUGCCAGGGUUGGUGUUUGUCCAGCACCCCUGAUGGAGAUAUGA